UUGUUCAUACCUGUCCCUGAAGUUGCAUAUGUCUUUAACAAAAGUUAACAAACAGACUUAACAGUUUAUGUUUAGAAAUAAUAUAUUAGUAAGCUGAAUAAUUAUUAUUCGUUAGUUAGAUAUAAUUUCGAAGGACAUUGAACAAAUUUUUUUACUAUUAUGUCAGACCUAAUAAAUAACUAAUUCGUUUGUAAUAGCUCAUAAUUUUCUUAAGAAGAAAUAAAAUUUUAUCAUAUAUAUAUAUAUAUAUAUAUAUAUAUAUAUAUGUAGAAAAAAAAAAACGUUUAUCAGCUGCAAUGUUAGUUUAUAAAUAAACGACCUAUUGUGACAAUAGUUAUAAGUAUGGUGUAUAGUAUACGUCAAAGAUGUCUUCUGUUAAAGCGAAUGAAAUUCAUCUAUACGAGGGAAAGAUUUACGAGGACCAUUUCAAAAAGUAUGGUAUUUUUAAAAAUAUCAUUGACACUCGUGAUCAAGAAGAUGCAUUUUAUAUAUUAGAUCUCGGUGUUAUAAUUAAAAAGCAUCAAGAUUGGAUCAAAAAAAUGUCGAGAGUUGUACCCUAUUAUGCUGUUAAAUGUAAUCCUGAUCCAAUGGUAAUUAAAGUUUUGGCAGCUAUGAACGGCAAUUUUGAUUGUGCAUCGAAGCAAGAAAUUCAACAAGUUAUGGAACUUGGUAUAUCACCGGAUAGAAUAAUCUUUGCAAAUCCAACGAAGUAUCCGUCUCAUGUAAAAUUUGCCAAAAGCGUAGGUGUCGAAAAAAUGACAGUGGAUGGCAAAUUCGAACUUUAUAAAAUUAAAAAAUUAUUUCCCGAAGCAAAAAUAGUUAUUCGCUUUCGUUGCGACGACAAUUCUUCUGUCACUAAAUGCCUCAAACUUGGCACCAAAUUUGGAUGUGAACCAGGCGAUGAAGCAAAAGAAUUAAUACAACUUACAAAGGAUUUAGGUUUAAUUUUAUAUGGAUUUAGUUUUCACGUUGGUACUCCAUGUGUCGAAUUUAAUGCGUACGUACGUGGAAUUGAAAUAUGUAAGGAAUUGAUUGCUUAUGCUAAAUCGAUUGAAUGUAAUGAUAUCAAAUUAAUUGACAUUGGUGGUGGAUUUCCUGGGGAAAGAGAUUUUCAAAUCGAUGAGAUUUCACAUAUGAUUAAUGAUGCAAUCAAAGACAUAGAUCCUACUAUAGACAUCAUAAGCGAACCCGGUAGAUACUACGUAACAUCAGCAUUUACUUUAGCUAGUGUCGUGCAUUCUAAGAAAACUGUAUCUGUGGGAAAUAAUUUGAAACAGAUGUAUUUUGUUAGCUGCGGAGUUUAUAGUGGAUUUAUGGAAGAAUUAUUGAACUUCAAUUCACGUCAACCAAUCCCAUUGUCCAAUUCUAUAUCCGAUAAAAAAAAAUAUCCUUCCUCUAUAUGGGGGCCAACUCUUGAUUCCUUGGAUUGUAUCAUUAAAGAUGUAUUAUUGCCUGAAUAUGAAAUAGGAGAUUGGUUUGUAUGGAAGGACAUGGGUGCAUACACAAAUACUAUAACUUGUAAAUUUAAUGGGUUCAUGCCACCGGAAGUGUAUCCAUUUAUCAGAAAAAGUCAAUGGGAAGAAUUUUGUGCCAUUAUCAGACUUAACGGUAAUAGUCAUUUGUUUAAUUUGGAAUAAAUUAUUUUUUUAUUAUAAUAAAAGAAAUGUGAUAUUUAAAAUAUUAUAUAAUAAUGUUUCAUAUGUAAAAUACAAACAUUAUGUGUGUUUGUUUUAAAUCUAAAAAUACAAAUUAUACUAUUCCUAAUAAUAUUAUUGUUUUGAAUUGGUCGACUCAGUUUCACUUACGGUACUUGAAUAUAAUAUUUGAUUCCAUCUGUAAAAAAUAAAUAAAUAAAAAUGAAAUCGAGAUAAAAAUAAUCUAUUUUUCAUCCAAUAAAAUAUGAUUAUUCUAAUGGAUUUCAGAAAUUAUUUACUCUUUUGCAGUUUGACAUAAUCCCGGCUUCAAUCCGUCAUUUUUUUGCGCUUGAUAUAUAUGUCCUACAUUAAUAAUAUCUUCGAUAGGCGGAUGAGAUGACAUCGCAUCGCGAAUCUUUUUGUUAAAGAAAAUAAAUUCAUAUAUUAUUUUAUAAAUCGUUUUUUUUAAUUAUAAUCAAAUUGAUAUUAAAAUUAAUGAUCGUACUAUUUCUGCUUUGGUCAUAACUACGAUAAAAUUUCUUCCAGCUAAUUUUCCUAAAUCCUCUUUACUCCAUUCUUGUUCUCCUUUACGGUUUUCAUAUAAACUUUCAAACAAUGAUGGAUACUUUGACACAUCUUCUAAACCUUCCGGGAAUCUGUAAAGUAUUUGUUUAGAAUUAUUCAUAAAUAAUCAUUACUAUUAUUAUUAUUAUUAUUAUUAUUAUUAUUAAUUUAUUCUUACUUAUCGACACCAUCAUAAUCAGCUCCAAUACCGAUAUGAUCUACUCCAACAAUUUUUCUAAUGUAAUUAAUAUGAUCUAAAAAAAAAUAUAUAUAUGUAUAUAUAUACGAACCAGACUUUAUUAAUCAGUAGAUUUAAUUAAUCAAUGACAACGAUAAUAGACAAUAAUUAAA